AUGAUUAAAUUUGAAUUAAUUAAAUCAAUAAAUGAUUUAAAUCAAAGAGGUUUAUUAUUGGGAUCAAAAUGGUCAUCAGAACAACUAAAUGGAUUAUCACCAAAAAUAUUAAAUCAAGUAUGUGACCCUGAGGAAGAGAAGAAGCAGUUCGAUUUUAAUAGCAAUAAUAUAGAGUCAUCUUCGCCUCCAAUCGGAUCCAACGAACAUUUAAAAUAUUUAUUAGCAAAGAGUUAUUUUGAUUUGAAAGAAUAUAGAAGAUGUUAUGAUGUAUUGGUGAAUUGUAAAUAUCAGUUAAAUAUAUUUCUUAGAUCCUAUUCCUUAUUUUUAGCACUAGAAAAAAGAAAAGAGGAGGAUAUAAUAGAACAACAAAAUCAAAAACAACAGCAACAGGCACAACAGCAGCAAGCACAACAACAGGCACAACAACAAGCACAGGGGCAAGAUCUAACAAACCCAGAUAAUAAAAACAGUACAAACAAUAAUAAUAAUAAGUUUAAUAAUGCAAGACAAGUUUUAAUUGAAUCUGUACAUAAAUACCCAUGUAAUUGGUCAGCUUGGUGUGAUUUGGCAACUAUUUGCUCUGAUUCAGCCGAUAUAGUGAUGCAACUCUCCCUACCAAACCAUUUUAUGAAGGAUUUCUUUUUGGCACACUUUAAAUUAGAGCUACAGCAAAACAACGAAUCAUUACAAAUCUAUCAAUCACUUGUAAAGACUUUUUCAAAUUCAACCUAUAUUUUAGCGCAAACCGCUAUUGCAAAUUAUAAUUUACGUGCAUACGAUGUUGGUGAAGAGAUAUUCGAGAGGUUAAUAGAGCUGGAGCCAAGCCGUUUAGAAAAUAUCGAUAUCUACAGUAAUAUUCUAUAUGUUCGUGAUAAAAAAGCAAGUCUCAGUAUGUUGGCACACAAGGCUAUGAAAAUCGAAAAGUAUUGUCCAGAGACAUGUUGCAUCAUUGGUAACUAUUACAGUUUAAAGUUGGAGCACGACAAGGCGAUUAUGUACUUUCAGAGGGCAUUGAAUUUGAAUGAUCGUUAUCUUUCAGCAUGGACCCUUAUUGGGCACGAGUUUUUAGAAAUCAAGAAUGUAUCAGCCGCCAUCAAUGCCUAUAGAAAAGCGGUCGAUAUUAAUCCAAGGGUACUACAGAGCUUGGUAUGGUCUAGGUCAAACUUAUCAACUAUUAAAACUACCACUCUACUCUUUAUAUUACUUUAA